UUCCCUGCAGAAUAAUUGGCUUAGGAAAAAAGACACGGAAAACAAAACGAGCUCAUGAUGUGCAGUGUGGUCUGACUACUCCCCUUUCCAGCAGCCAGCCGGCGUCAGAGCUGCUGGGAGUACACACCCAUUUCAAGAAUAAAUGAAGAAGCAGCAAUAAAGAAGUUUUAACCGUUGCCUUUAAACAGAGAACUGAGGUUUGACAGCAUUUCUAGACUAUUUUUUCUAAUUUUUCUAACAAAUCAAGUUUCAAGGGAUCUGAAACUAGAUCAUUAUUCCACAGCCUGAUUCUUUUGACAAAAGUUGUUUGAGUCAAUCUGAAGCUGAAUGGAUUUGAAACAGAAAAGUGUGUUUCAGCAAACACGAGCGCUUCUGCACAAGAAUUUUCUGAAGAAAUGGAGGAUGAAAAGAGAGAGCUCAUUGGAAUUGGGUUUUUCAAUACUUCUAGGAGUGUUUCUAGAUAUGUUUUCAAAUUUACUAAAAAGUGGUCAGUCUCCUGAAUUACCUUCUUUUGAUCUGGGAAGGGCAGAUAAAUUCAACAGCUCUUCUAGAAUGGUUGUGUAUACACCAAUCUCCAGUGCAACUCAGGAGAUAAUGAAUAAAACAUUUCUUCUUUUGAAAGAAAAAAGUGUCAUUGGGGUACCAAGUGAAAAACAUAUGGAUAAAAUACUUGAAGAACAUUAUUAUGCUGUGGGAAUCAUCUUUAAUGACAUUUUCUCUUACAAGUUAAAAUUCAUUCAGGGAUAUGAAAUUCCAUUUGUGAGCGAAGAUUAUCAAUCAGUUCCUUGCUGGGUGGGAUAUGAAGAGUUUAGCUGUAUGUUGAACUUAUACUGGACUAGAGGAUUCAUUACUCUGCAAACUGCCAUUAACGCUGCUAUCAUAGAAGUCACAACAAAUCACUCUGUGAUCGAGAACUUGAUGUCAGUUACUGCCAGAACUAUGAAGACAUUAGCUUUUGUUUAUAGAGAUGUUGUUCAAGAUGAAUUAUUUGUUUUAUUCUGCUUGCUUUAUUUUUGCCCACUUAUAUAUUUUGUAUCACUCAAUGUUACAAAAGAAAGAAAAAAGUAUAAGAAUUUGAUGAAAGUGAUGGGUCUACAAGAUUCAGCCUUCUGGUUGUCCUGGGGUAUAAUCUAUGCUGGCCUUUUCUUCGUUAUUUCCAUCAUCAUUGCAGUUAUCAUAACAUCCACACAAAUUAUAAUCAUGGCUGGCUUCAUGAUCAUAUUCACGCUCUUUUUCUUAUAUGGCUUAUCUUUGAUAGCUCUUGUGUUCCUGGUGAACGUGCUGGUAAGGAAAGCUGUCCUCACCAGUUUGGUUGUGUUUCUCCUAACCCUCUUUUGGGGGGGUCUGGGAUUCCCUGCAAUAUAUAAACAUCUUCCCUCAUCUCUGGAAUGGAUUUUUAGUAUCUGUAGUCCCUUUGCGUUUACCGCUGGAAUGACUAAGGUCACCCAAAUGGAUCAUAAUGUGAGUGGCGAAAUUUUUCCUGACUCUUCGGGAGCCUCAAAUACAAUGAUAGCAACUGUUUUCAUAUUGGCUUUGGAUGGGCUCCUCUACUUUCUAUUAACAUUAUACUUUGACAAAAAUCUAUCUUGUGAAAGUGAGCGCCGCUGUGCUCCAUUAUUUUUCCUGAAUUCCUCGUCUUGUUUUCACCACCAAAGGACUGACAAUAAGGUCAUUGAGAAAGAAGUAGAUCCUGAGCUUCCCUCUGAUGAUUAUUUUGAGCCAGUAGCACCUGAAUUUCGAGGAAAAGAAGCCAUCAGAAUCAGAAAUGUUAAAAAAGAAUAUAAAGGAAAAUCUGGAAAAGUGGAAGCAUUGAAAGAUUUGCUAUUUGACAUAUAUGAAGGUCAAAUCACAGCAAUACUGGGCCACAGUGGAGCUGGCAAAACUUCACUGCUAAAUAUUCUGAAUGGAUUAUCUGUUCCAACAGAAGGAUCAGUUACUAUCUACAAUAAAAAUCUCUCUGAAAUGCAAGACUUGAAGGAAAUCAGAAAGAUCAUUGGUAUUUGUCCUCAAUUCAAUAUUCAAUUUGACGUUCUCACUGUGAAGGAAAACCUCAGCCUGUUUGCUAAAAUAAAGGGGAUUCACUCACAAGAAGUGGAACAAGAGGUACAACGAAUUUUGUUGGAAUUGGAUAUGCAAAACAUUCAAGAUAAAGUGACUGAACAUUUAAGUGAAGGACAGAAAAGAAAGCUGACCUUUGGGAUUGCCAUUUUAGGAGAUCCUCAGGUUUUGCUCUUAGAUGAACCGACUACUGGAUUGGAUCCCUUUUCCAGGCAUCAAGUGUGGAGCUUCCUGAAGGAACGCAGAGCAAAUCGCGUCAUCCUCUUCAGUACCCAGUUCAUGGAUGAGGCUGACAUUCUGGCUGAUAGAAAAGUGAUCAUGUCCAAUGGGAGAUUGAAGUGUGCAGGAUCUUCUAGUUUUUUGAAGAGAAAGUGGGGUCUUGGAUAUCACUUGAGCUUGUAUAGGAAUGAAACAUGUGAUCCAGAACAAAUAACAUCCCUCAUUAAUCAUCAUGUCCCUGAUGCUAAAUUAAAAAUGGAAAGCAAAGAAAGCCUUGUGUAUAUGUUGCCCUUGGAAAGGACAAAUACAUUUCCAGAUCUGUUCAGUGAUCUUGAUAAGUAUUCCACCCAAGGAGUGAUGGGUUAUGAUGUUUCCACAUCAACUAUGGAUGAAGUUUUUAUGAAACUAGAAGGAAAAUCAACUAUCGAACCAGAUUUUGAACAAGUGGAGAUGGCAAGAGACUCAGAAAGCCUAGACGAAAUGGAGCAAACUCACUCCUCUCUCCCUGAACCACGGAAGGCUGCGGAGGGCAUGGGCCUCUGGAGAAUGCAAGUCUGGGCAGUAGCAUGGCUCCGUUUCUUAAAGUUAAAACGUGAAAGGAAAGGUUUUUUGAUCCUACUACUGAUAUUUGGAAUUGCAGCAUUCCCUUUGAUUGUGGAAAACAUACUUUUUGUUGUAUUUGAUGAAAACUUUGAAUGGGAGUUUAAAACUGGACUAUACUUCCUCUCUCCUGGACAACUUCCCCAGGAACCCCGCACCAGCUUGUUGGUCAUCAAUAACACAGAAUCCAAUAUCGAAGAUUUUAUACAGUCACUGAAGCAUCAAAGUAUACUUUUGGAAGUAGAUGACUUUAAAAACAGAAAUGUCAGUGAAGGCUUUUCAUACAGUGGAGCUAUCAUAGUUUCUGGGAAACAAAAGGAUUAUAAUUUUUCAGUCGUGUGCAAUACCAGGAGAGUACACUGUUUUCCUAUCCUUCUGAAUAUUAUCAGCAAUGGGCUACUUAGAAUGUUUAAUCAGACAAACCAUAUUCGAAUAGAGAGAAGCCCACAUCCUUUUAACUCUGCAUUAUACUGGAGUACGCUUCCAGAAGGUUCCAUUUUCUUAUUUUUGGUUAUAUGCAGCACGUCUCCUUAUGUUGCCAUGAGCAGCAUCAGUGAUUACAAAAAGAAAACUAAGUCCCAGCUCUGGAUUUCUGGGCUCUACACCUCUGCUUACUGGUGUGGGCAGGCCCUGGUGGAUAUUGGCUUUUUCCUUCUACUCCUCCUGUUAAUCUAUCUCAUUUUCUAUAUGGAAAACCUGGAGUAUGUUUACGUUACAACGCGAAUUACGUGUGCUAUGGUUAUAAUUACACCUGGUUACGCAGCUUCUCUUAUCUUCUUAACAUACAUGAUAUCAUUUAUUUUUCGCAAAAGGAAGAAAAACAGUGGCGUUUUGUCAUUUUGCUUCUUUGUUGUCUCCUGCAUCGUGCUCAACAUCAUUCUAACCCAUCAUUUUGGCCUAGGUACCAUAAUUUCCACCCUGGUAUUAGUUCCUUCAUUUACCUUAUUUGGAUUUUUAUCUUUAAUACAAGAGAGAUCCCACGAGCAUUAUGUGACAUUUCAAGAAUCAAAUUUUGACCUCAAUGAAGCUGAUCUUCUAGUCUGUCUGAUACCUUACUUCCAGGCUUUGCUGUUCAUUUUUGUUCUAAGAUGCAUGGAACUAAAAUGGGGAAAGAGAAGAACACGCAAGGAUCCGGUUUUCAGACUCUCCCCCCAAAGUAGAGAGGCUCGACCAAAUCCAGAAGAACCUAUAGAUGAAGAUGAGGAUGUUCAAGCAGAAAGAAUAAGAACAACAACUGCCCUGACCACUUCAAACUUAGAUGAGACAUCAGUCAUAAUUGCCAGCUGUCUACACAAAGAAUAUGCAGGCCAGAAGAAAAAUUGCUUUUCAAAAAGGAAGAAGAAAAUAGCAACAAGAAAUAUCUCUUUCUGUGUUGAAAAAGGUGAAAUUUUGGGGUUGCUAGGACCCAAUGGUGCUGGUAAAAGUUCAUCUAUUAGAAUGAUAUCUGGGAUCACAAAACCGACAACUGGAGAGGUGGAACUGAAAGGAUGCAGUUCCAUUUCCAGCCACCAGGGAGAAGGCCCCGUCAAGUUCCUGGGGUACUGUCCUCAGGAGAAUGCGCUGUGGCCCAUGCUGACAGUGAGGGAGCACCUGGAGAUGUAUGCCACUGUGAAAGGGCUGAAGAAAGGAGAUGCAAAUGUUGCCAUCACACGGUUAGUGGAUGCUUUCAAACUACACGAGCAGCUGAAUGUGCCAGUGCAGAAAUUAACAGCAGGAGCCGCCAGAAAGCUGUGCUUCGUGCUGAGUAUCCUGGGAAAUUCACCCAUCCUGCUUCUGGAUGAACCCUCCACAGGCAUGGAUCCCACAGGGCAGCAGCAAAUGUGGCAGGCAAUCCGGGCAGCUGUUAAACACACAGAGAGCAGUGUCAUUUUGAUUACCCAUUACUUGGCGGAGGCCGAGGCCUUGUGUGACCGUGUGGCCAUCAUGGUGUCUGGAAGGCUGAGAUGCAUCGGUUCCAUCCAACACCUGAAAAACAAAUUUGGCAAAGAUUACAUUUUAGAAAUAAAAGUGAAGGAAACUUCUCAAGUGACUUUGGUCCACACGGAGAUUCUGAAACUUUUCCCACAGGCUGUUCAACGGGAAAGAUAUUCCUCCUUGUUGACCUAUAAAUUAUGCUUGGCAGAUGUUUACCCCUUAUCUCAGGCCUUUCACAAAUUAGAAACAGCAAAAUGUAAGUUUAACCUGGAAGAAUAUAGCCUCUCUCAGUGCACAUUGGAAAAGAUAUUCUUAGAGCUUUCUAAGGAGCAGGAGGAGGAAAAUUUUGAUGAAGAAGUUGAUACAACAAUGAGAUGGAGACUCCUUCCUCAUUCAGAUGAACCUUAAAAGCUUAGACCUAACAGUUUUGGUUGGUGUCCCUUAGACUUGUUUUAUGUAAUAAAUAGCUGCAUAUAUAAUUUUAAAGAAUAUUUAAUAUCAAUAUCAGGCAUAUUUUAUAUAUUUAGUUAAUGAAUAAAUUUAAAAAUUAUUUUUCCCCUCAAUCUUAGGGGUGAUAGAAAAUCUGUGAUAAAGACAAUACAAAAUAUUGGUAAAAUCAACCAAAGGGCCAACCACUUGUUAUUGUGGAUAUAAAAUUACAAACUUGGAAUUUUUAAAAAUAUGACUUUCUUUUCUACUAUUUGCUAAAAAAAGAUCUUACUGAAAUAUGUGAGAGGUACAUUUAGUAGCCAAGAGCUUCAUGACCACUUUGUACUAGUUCAUGGUAUAUCAGGUUUGCAAGUUUUCCUGUAUUUACAAAUAAAACACAAGGAUCUUCUCCUGAAAA